CAACUUUUUGUCGGCGCGCAGCUGCUGGUGGUUCCUCCUCUGGCGCGAGCUGGAUGUCACUUCAAGUCAAGAGAGGGCGGCUGGAUGAUGUCAUUUCCUUCGUGAAGGGUGCCUAAAAAAACAAUACAUAAAUAAAUUAAUUAAUUCUCCCGCUCGGAUUUGCGCAAACUUUUCCAGAUACGCCCGAAAUAAUGGCACGCGAGGCGGGGACGGGGACUUGGAUGUGCCCCGCUCUUUCCCGGGAAGUCACGGUUUUCACCAGAGCCUAGCUGGAUUCGGUGUUGGGGGGAGAGCAGGACAAACUCUUGCGUGAUUUUCUUCCUAUUCUUUCUUUUUCUCUCUCUCCUUCUCUCGUGUCGGAGGAGGUGGAGGUGUGAAGCUCGGUGGCGGCAGCAGGAUGUGGUCGCUGUCCGUGGUGCUGAACCCGCUGCUCUUCCUGCUGCUGUUCGGAUCCUGCCCGACUGUGACCAUCAGGCCGAAGGAGGGCUGGCAGGUGUACAGCUCAGCUCAGGAUGCAGAUGGGCGCUGUAUCUGCACUGUGGUGGCACCCGAACAGAAUCUCUGCUCCAGAGAUGCCAAAGGCAGACAGCUCCGCCAGCUACUGGAAAAGGUGCAGAACAUGUCACAGUCAAUCGAGGUGCUGAACCUGCGGACACAGAGAGACUUUCAGUACAUCAUGAGGAUGGAGAGCCAGAUCAAAGGACUGCGCUCAAAGUUUCGUCAGAUCGAGGCGGACAGGAAGACGCUCGUCAACAAAAACUUUCAGGAGCUGAAGGGGAAAAUGGAAUCGCUGCAGCCUCUGAUUCCUGUCCUGGAGCAGUACAAGACCGACGCCAAGCUCAUCUCCCAGUUCAAAGAGGAGAUCAGGAACCUUUCCGGGGUGUUAAUGGGUAUCCAGGAGGAGAUGGGAGCCUACGACUAUGAGGAGCUGCAGCAGAGGGUCCUAAGUCUGGAGAACAGACUCCACAGCUGCAUGAACAAACUCACAUGUGGCAAGCUGAUGAAGAUCACAGGGCCACUGACUGUGAAAACUUCAGGGACCAGAUUUGGAGCCUGGAUGACUGAUCCUCUUGCUUCUCCUAAAAAUAACAGGGUUUGGUACAUGGACAGCUAUACCAACAACAAAAUCGUCAAAGAGUACAAAUCCAUCACUGACUUUGUGGCAGGAGUUGAAUCCAGAACCUACAAUCUGCCUUUCAAAUGGGCCGGAACCGACCACGUGGUGUACAACGGCUCGCUGUACUACAACAAGAUGCAGAGCAACAUCAUCGUCCGGUAUAGCUUCGAGACGGGCCGCGUGGUCACGCAGAGGGCGCUGGAGUCGGCGGGCUUCCACAACGUGUACCCAUACACCUGGGGGGGGUUCUCGGACAUUGACCUGAUGGCCGACGAGCUGGGCCUGUGGGGCGUGUACGCGACCAACCAGAACGCGGGGAACAUCGUCAUCAGCAAGCUGAACCCGGACACGCUCCAGAUCCUCAACACGUGGAACACGGAGUACUCCAAGAGGAAUGCCGGUGAGUCGUUCAUGAUCUGCGGAACGCUCUACAUCACCAACUCCCACCUGACCGGGGCCAAGGUGUACUACGCCUACUCCACCAAAACAUCCACGUACGAAUACACAGACAUCCCCUUCCACAACCAGUACUUCCACAUGUCCAUGUUGGAUUACAACGCCAGGGACCGAGCUCUUUACGGCUGGAACAAUGGCCACCAGGUGCUGUUCAACGUUACACUUUUCCAUAUAAUUAAAACUGAAGAUGACUCUUAAAGAAGGAAUACACUGUUCAAAAAUGUAGGAAACGUGGGAAAAAUCAAAGGUUGUGCCUAAACAUUGAGGUGUUAAUUUAUUCCAUUUUAAUGUUCAUUUUUGUUUGUUUGUUUGUUUUUUUUACCAUUUAUGUAAAGAAAUCUGCUUACUUAACUUAAUUUGUAUACAAAAAAGAAACAAACUUCUGUUGUUUAAAUAAGUGACAGCACAAUACGGACAUGAAUUGAGAGGAUUUCAAAGCUUUCUGCAAACUCAUUUCCGAUUAAAUAAUGAUCGUUUAAUGUUGCAACUUCUUGACACCUGGAAGUGUAAUUUGAGUCAUUUCAAAAGCUUCUUUUUUUCUCAGAAAUGACAAAAAAUAGAUUUACUGUUCUGAAUAAUAAUGGUUUUCUCGGGCAGUUUGCACAUUUAUUCAUCUCCUCUGAUUUAUUCACGUUUGGACUGCUUUCAUUAUUUGUUCGUUCUUGUUUUCAUUCCUCACCGUUUAUUUCAUCAUGAUCACCUCAUUUAGUCCUGCUUUUCACUGCCUUAGCUUUCAAAUUUGUCUUUGUACUCUUUUUUUAUUAUUGUUUCACAAGUUUUGCACUUGACCUUGUACAAGACAAUGAGAAACGUGGACCAUAAUGCACCUGUACAGUUAAUGUACCAUGCCUUUUUAUGUCUGUGGAGAUUCUUGGCCAUCUUGGAAUAUCUUGAAGUUCUAAGUCAAAGUCAGACUGCCUUUAACUUAAUACUUCAAAGAUAUCAGCUUUUUUUUUGUGAUAUAAGCAGCAGUUUGUAUGGCUUGUUCAGUGUUGUAUGUUCUGUGGGCCCAAACGUAACACCUCUCGUGCAUGAAUGUUGGAUAUCCGAAAGGCAUUUUAUUGUGUAUGUGUGCAUUUUGUGUUUGCACACCAUCCCAUCCUACUCCUGAGCUACUCUUAUGAUUUAUGAGCUAUUUGUAGUUUAAAUAUUUAUUUGUGUAAAUAAGAUGUUAUUCAUAACCAAAUAAAAGUAUUGUUUUCAUUAA